CUGUCGCCCUACCGGAUGUGUCUGCACAGAUGGGAAGAUUUCGCAAUCCUUGGACUGUCGCCAGAAGUGAGGCUUCAAAGAAAGAACCUUUUAGUUGAUAAUUACUACCAAACAAAGGUUACAAGAAAGCUCUUGGAAGAAAAGGGAGCUGUCUACAGACUGGGUGGAGAGGGAAUGGCGCAGCAGUUCAGAGGGACCAGUGCUAAAGUCAUCAUUAUUGGAGCUGGUAUAUCAGGCAUUGCAGCAGCAAAAACCCUGCAGGACAAUGGGGUACAGGACUUCAUUAUCCUGGAGGGGUCAGACAGGAUCGGUGGGCGGAUGCGUCUGGUAGACUUUGGGGGAGUGAAGAUCGAGGCGGGGGCGAACUGGGUCCACGGGAUACGCGGAAACCCCGUCUGGGAACUGGCUCAGGGGCUGGACCUGAAGGGGAAGGUGCAGGAUGUCGCCAAGAUGGUGGUUCGAGAUGACGAUGGCGCGGAUGUGACGGAGCAUGCCGUCAGCAGGUUUGCGGACCUGCAGAGGGCGCGGAAGCACGCCCACGCCAUGCUGGAGAGGAAGAUCAGCGAAGACGGCAAUGACACCUCCAUCCGCGUGGCUCUACGUCUGGCUGGCUGGAAGGCCAUCGCCCCUGUCGACAAGGUGGUCGAGUACUUCUCCUUCGAUUUCCAAAACGGUGCUACACCAGACGUCACCUCACUCCUGCAGAAUGAAGAUGAGGAAACCCUUGUUGAUUUUGAUGACAAGGAAUACUUCGUUACCGACCAACGUGGCUUUGGCUUCAUAGUGGAGGAGAUGGCGAGAACUUUUCUCGACAAGCAAGAUCCUCGGCUCCAGUUUAACAAAUGUGUGGAUGAGAUAAAGUGGAGCAAUCAGGGCGUAGUCGUGAGGACUAGCGAUGGGUCGGAGUAUUCGGCAGAAUACGCCCUGACCACCUUUAGCCUGGGGGUGCUGCAGAGUGACCACAUCUCCUUCGUCCCAGAACUUCCUGACUGGAAACUGGAGGAAAUCUACCAGGUGGAGAUGUGCCACUACACCAAGAUCUUCCUCAAGUUUCCUUUCAAGUUCUGGGAUGGGAAGGAGUACAUCUUCCACGCGCAUCCCAAGAGGGGCUACUACCCAGUCAUGCAAGACAUGGAGGCCGAGGGCUGCCAUCCGCCCGGGACCAACAUCCUCGCCGUGACCGUCACAGGAGAGGAGUCCAAGAGAGUGGAGGGUCUGCCCAACAGCACGGUGGCAUCAGAAAUCAUGGAGGUCCUGAGGAACCUGUACGGAGAAGACGUCCCCACACCAGUGGAUAUAUUUGUCAGCAGGUGGUCCCAGGACCCCUUGUUUCUCGGUGCCUUUACACGCAUUCCUACUGGUGCUUUCAGAGAUGGCACAGAGAAAUACAAGGCCCCUGUAGGAAGGCUGUAUUUUGGUGGGGAGGCCUUUCACGAGAGGUACAUGGGGUUUGUGCAUGGUGGGCUCCUAGCAGGGGUGGAUAAGGCAAAAGACAUCCUUAAUGCGAUUAGGGAUGAGUGCCCUAGUCCUUCAGAUACCCCAGAUAUGGGCAAGCCAAUACAUACGUCAGAGGAGAUAGGUGAAGUCACUUUAACUGGGUCUGGCCAUAAUGGGCCCUGGGAUAAUAUACUUGAUGAUGUGAAGGAAACUUGUUGUCAAAAUGCUACUACAGGGCUGGGUUCCUGGUCCCUUUCUGAGCCUAAAGGCCUGCUAGAACUGCAUCCCCCUGAGUGGCAAGGGUCACCACUGCUGUAAGUGGCAGGUGUUAUGUCCAGGGUUCUAGCUACUAGUAGUGCAUUUUAGCUUAGUGGGCCAUUACGCUGUAAUUUGUGACCACUACGCUAAAAUAAGGGCCACUACACUAAUGUUAACAUGGGCAAAGUGAUACUAAAUGGUCAGCAGACCAGUCAGUACAAGGUGCAUGCAGCAAAUGUUCUUCAACAAGGUGUGUGGCAGAAGGGUUUGGAGGGUUCAGGUUUGAGUUCACAUUUCUCAUAAUCUGCUACAAAAUGGCAUCCAGUACUAACAUAGCUAGAAAGCAUAAGAGGUGUGUUUUUGGUUAAAAUCCUGAGCCUGCUGUGCCCGGAUUCACCGUCCAUGUGUUCUGUGUUGCUUUACCUCUAGCGUUGGGUUAUUGUGGAAAUCUCAGUGUUUUUCCUUAUUAUUUGCUUUAUUAUGCCUGAGUACUUUCAGACAAUAUCUGUCAUUUUAGUGUCUAAAAUAUAGGUGAUGGGUUCCUCGUGAAAAUUCCCAAUUUUACGCAUCAUUUUUUAUAUUUGAAAACACUUUUCUCCCCACAAAAAGCUAGAGAGGUUGAAGUAAUUAUAACUGAAGUUUGAUUGUUCUUCAAGCCAUAGGCUCUGUCAAUCCUAUACUUUGCUGCUUUAGAAGUUUUUCCUGGAAGACAUGGUUGCUAGACUUGAAGGUGCGCAAGCUUAAAUGGAGAUACCAAAUAAACUGUGCACCCAGAUUCACAAAUCUCAGAAUUCUUAAGAUCUUAAGAAAUACUAUUUAUUCAUUUAUACAAGUCAGUGAUAUUUUGGUAUAUCAUUUCUCACAUGAGUCACAUCCAAAGAACACAUCUCAAUCUUGAAUAGUGCAGUCGUACAAGAUGUUUAAUCAAACACAUAUCAAUAUCAGAGUUGAGAGCAGUUUUCUUUGGUAACUUCUCUAAUGGUGAUGUCUUGUGUUUGUUUUGUACCAGCUAAGCUGUCAAGUUAACAAGGAGAAAAUUCAGUCAGUCUAUUUGAAAUCAUGGUUUCAAAUUUACUGAGAUCCAAAUAUCGAUAUGAAUAUAAAGUGUGAGUACAUAGAGACGGUGCAUGUUGUUCCAGUUGACUUCUCAGGGACUGUGUUCAUGUGUAGCAUGUCGUGAGUUCUUCCAGCCUCCUAAUCCAGGAAUGUGUGUGUCAGUGGUUUUACUAGCCUACAGUAAUGUCAGACUAAGAAAUGGCCUUAGUUUCAGAUUUUGUCUGAUACUAUGUGUGUGAAGUUACUAGAUUCAGUUGUCACAAAAUGUCUUCUCAAUGAUUAUAAGACUUUAUAACUUGUAGGUCUUCUCAUUAUGAACACACCAGUCAUAAUUGUUGGGUUGUUUGUGAAAAUGUUCAUAACUUAUUGUAAGUUUGUGCUUUACUUGAUCAAUGAAGUGUGCUCUAAUAUGUAAAAUUCUUGAUGCAUUUAAAAAAAAAAACCUUUUCAUGUUUUUCUAACCACUGUCCUCACUGGUCCAUCCCUUGUAGAUUUUCAAAUGCUAAAAAAAA